AUGUCUGACUUCUAUCAUAAAGGCGCCAUUGUCCGUGAUGGUUUUCUAUUUAGGCACAAUAGUUUCUGUGUCGAUCGCGGACUGGUUCGCCUUGAGGAACCAAACAAGCUUCGGAGCAUGUUCCUCCCGGAACUCAGCACCGAAGCAAAGUUCUUACUUGAUUUAAAUCCGGAGGAUGACUCGUUUGUUCGCGGCCAAUUGAAACAUUACGGCGUUGAAUUUGACGAAAAGGACAUUUCCGGAGAUGGUAGCCGCUUAAUGCAAAAGGUGCUUCGAGAUGGAAAAUGCGUCAAAGUACCAGAUCACAUCAUUCAACUACGCAAGGAUAUGCAGAAGGACUGGGUAAAAAUUGCCUCCGUCAAAGAUCUCGCGCACUUCCCUCCCCUGUUUCUGGACAAGUAUUUCUUGACUUCUGGGGAGCCAGACCGGGUGAAGACACCGGAUGGACUCACAGUACCUUUUCAGCGAUUCUACCCCCAAGAGGCGAGUCUACUGUUCGAGGCUGCAGGGGAUGUGAAGGGUCUGCACCGAGAGAAUGUUCGAUCAGCCAAGUCUCUGGUGGUAUUUCUCGGCUGGGAUGCAGAGGAUGUGCAUACUAAAGCAAGCGAGCAAAUUGCCAAGGACAAGAAGCUAAUCGAGGCUGAGGAGAAGAAAAUGGAAGCCAAGAAAAUAAAGCUCAAGCUUGCAACGGAAAAGCGCAAAGCCGCACAGGACGCAAAGCACAAACAGUAUCUAAACAGCUUGACUACACAAGGCGACACUGGCAAACUAUCACUGGUGGGAAGCUACAUCAUCGAGUCCCCCGAAAUUGAAGAGCAGUGGCCGGACGAUUCUCGAAACAUGACACUCAAUAUACGCGAAACUAAUAACCCGAGCGUUCUAGAAGGAUGCUUUGACUUUGGUGUGCUGCGAGGAAUCAUGAUGAUCAGCACCGAUAUGAAGGUCAUGGAGAAACACUGUGCUAAGAUGGGUAGAGAGACAGAGUCGGAUUGGGAAGAGGACGACUACACUCGGUAUAAUUCCGACAAUGACAGAGACAAGGAGAAUGAGAACAGAAGCAGCAACAUACAACCUACCACAGGCUCAAAGCGAAGAUCAGACACGUCUCAAAUGGAUGGCCGCCCGUCAAAGAAGCCAAAGACCAACGGCACUCAACCCCCGAGAUAUUAUCUCAAACUGCGGUGUCGCGAGACCGGCGAAAACGAGUGCUUCCCCGAAGGAGACCGAGGGAGACUCAAGUUCGCAGAUAAUUUUGCGAGUUUUGAGGCCAAGGCUGAUCUUCCAUGUGUGGGUGGGAAACAACCAUUCUCUGGGCGGAAAGUUUCGGAUAAGCCUGCUGGAAGGAAAUAUACUUGGCUUAGUUUCGGUGAUUACUCCAAGUACUAUUAA